AUGCGAACUUUUUUCAACAACUACAAUCAGCUUCUCUUAAGGAGGCCUCUCAUGACAAAUAUGAUUAGUACUGGGUUUUUGCUAGGCGCAGGUGACUGCACAGCGCAGAUGUUUUUUCCAGCCAACCCCGACCAACCAUAUGAUUACUUGAGAACAUUGCGAGCAAUUAUUUAUGGAGGAGUCAUAUUCGCUCCAAUAGGUGACAAGUGGUACAAGAUACUCAAUACCAAAAUUGUGUGGCGAGGCAAAAAUGAAAGGACAAUGUCAACAAUUCUUCGAGUUGCCGUGGAUCAGUUGGUUUUUGCUCCAUUCAUUGGUAUACCAUUGUACUACGCUGCCAUGACGGUGUUGGAAAACAGAAAACCAUACUUGGAGCACAUAAUGGCAAAAUUUGAGACAAGUUGGUGGAUAACAUUGAAAAGCAAUUGGCUAGUUUGGCCAAUAUUUCAAUGGUUCAACUUCUACUUGCUACCAGUCCAAUACAGGUUACUAGCGGUUAAUUUGAUUAGUAUUGGAUGGAAUACCUAUCUAAGUUAUGUUAUGCAUAAUAAAGGGUGA